AUGUAUGUGAGCAGUAUUGAAAACCAGAAGAAUUUCCUGUCGUUGUUGGACGCGCAUUUCACAACCACCGCCCAGACGGGUGCUGUAGCAGUCACAGAUAUUGACCAGGACGGAGCGUUCGAUGUGAUAGUCGCUGUCUCGGACGCUGCGAACCUAAUCCUGGGGUACGACGAGGGGUCCGGCGGACACGCAGAACUGCCUCUCCCCGCGGACUUCCGGGAGGCACUGGAGGACAAGCAAGGACGGACUGUUGGUGUUUGCGCGUGUGACGUUGACGGUGACGGCUUGGAUGACGUCUACCUGAUGAACGACAAUCCCGUGUACCCAGCGUCUGACGUCAUCAUCAUACCAGACCGGCUGCUAUCGCUUCACGGUGCUGGUGGCGUUAGGGAUCUCUUCAGUUUACCGGGGAACGCCGAGAUAGCGCCAGCACGUGGCGGAAACGCUGUUGGCUGCAUCGACAGUGACGGCGACGGCAGAUACGAAAUUCUCCUCGCCACAUACUCGAAAGACGGUAGAGGAAUCAUACAGCGUAUACAUGUGGACAGCGUGGAUAUAGUCAAAGUUGAAAACCUUGAAGCGAUUAGUGUAGACUCCAACCAAUACCUGCCGCAGAGAGGUAUGGUUGACAGGGAUGCGGACAGUUACGGUGCUUUUAUGGGUGACCUUGACUCAGAUGGAGACCUUGACCUCAUGUACGUAAACUGGUUAGGACAAGCUCGCCUCUUCAUGGGAUUCAACCACACCGGAUUCACACAGCAUCCCAUCCUGCAACCCGGGGCAGGAACGGCGUCCAUGGUUUUGUUGUUUGGAUAUUUUGACACCACCGGCCACCCGAGCAUCCUGGUGACGGACGUAGCGGCUCCUGACAACUACCGCCCGGGAAAUCAGAUCUUCCACGUAUCCGUGCAAGGGAAUUCGACCUUACUGGAUAAUUAUAACCUUGGAGAGCUUCUAGGCUCACUCUUCAUGAAUGGUAUUUAA